AUGGCACCUUCACCGCGCGUUCUCAUCAUCGGCGCCGGAAUCGUCGGCGUCAACGUUGCUGAUGAGUUGGUCCAAAGAGGAUGGACCGAUAUCACGGUCCUCGAGCAAGGACCUCUAGCCAUGCCUGGUGGCUCAACAUCUCACGCUCCAGGCCUGGUAUUCCAGACAAACACAUCAAAGACCCUCACAAAGAUGGCCACUUACACAGUCGAGAAACUCAUGUCACUAGGCUCCUUCAACCAGGUUGGUGGCUUAGAGAUUGCUACCACACCUGCGCGACUGGAGGAGCUCAAGAGAAAAAGAGGAUAUGCUUACUCUUGGGGCGUCGAGGCCAACCUCAUCAGCCCUGAGAAGUGUCUCGAGAUUUAUCCUUUGUUGGAUAAGUCCAAGGUCCUUGGUGGACUUCAUAUCCCUACCGAUGGUCUAGCUCUCGCUCGCGAUGCUCAAGCAAAGCUCAUUGCGCGAACGCAAGCAGCGGGUGUCAAGUACCACGAGUCAACAUUGGUCACAUCUAUCGACCACCACGACGGUCAUGUUUCUUCCGUCAACACAAAGAACGGCAAAUUUGAGGCCGAUAUUGUCAUCUCAUGUGCUGGACUCUGGGGUGUUGAGGUUGGAGCCAUGGUUGGCCUACCUAUUCCCCUGACUCCUAUGGCUCAUCAGUAUGCCCACACAACAUCAGUUCCCAGCCAGAAGGGCAAGAAUGAAGAGCCCAACGGUGCUCGACUACCUAUUCUCCGACAUCAAGAUCAGGACCUUUACUACCGUGAGCAUGGCGACCACUACGGUAUUGGAUAUUACGGCCAUCGUCCCAUGCCAGUUGUUGCAGCCUCGCUGGGCGAGACACCCAAGGAUAUCGAUUACAAGAACAUGCCUUCCAGCUUGAAGUUCACUCCCAAGGAUUUCGAGCCUGGCUGGAAGCUGUCGCAGGAGAUUCUUCCUGCUCUUCGCGAGACAAAGAUUGACCACGGUUUCAACGGUAUCAUGUCCUUCACACCUGAUGGUGGCCCUCUCGUUGGUCAGGCCCCCAACUUCGACAACUUCUACGUCGCCGAGGCUGUCUGGGUUACACAAUCCGCUGGUGUCGGACGCGCCAUGGCUGAACUUCUCACCACAGGCAGAGCCGAGAUUGAUCUAUCCGAGUGUGAGCUGUCUCGAUUUGAGCAAGUCCAACUUUCCCCCGCCUACGUGGUUGAGACCGGUUCCCAGCAGUUCGUCGAGGUCUACGACAUCCUCCACCCUCUUCAGCCCAAGGAGUCCCCUCGAAACCUCCGCGUCAGCCCCUUCCAUCAGCGUCAACAGCAACUUGGCGCCUUUUUCCUCGAGGCUGGUGGCUGGGAGCGCCCUCACUACUUUGAGGCCAACGAGAAGCUCCUCAAGGACUUGCCCGAAGCUUGGAAACCUGUUGAGCGAGAUGCUUGGUCUUCACAAUUCUACUCGCCUAUCAGUACUGUUGAGGCCUGGAAGACACGAACUGGUGUUGCCUUGUACGAUCAGACUCCUAUUCGACGACUUGAGAUUGCUGGUCCUGGUGCUGCCGAGUUGUUGCAGCGCUUGACAACUGGUAACGUUGCUGGUGAGGUUGGCAAGGUGACAUUCACACUUCUCCUCGACAACCACGGUGGUAUCAGAAGUGACAUCUUCGUCGCCAGAUUGGGCGAGGACCUUUUCCAUCUUGGUGUCAACGGUCCUGUCGAUCUUCACUACUUCACUCGAGAGGCCAAGGUCCAGACCAAGGCCAGCCCUCACAGAGCCGUCCAGGUCCGCGACAUCACCGGUGGCCUUGCAAGCGUCGGUGUCUGGGGUCCCUUGGCUAAGGACCUGAUGAAGCUUGUCAGUAAGGAUAACUUCACUGACCGAGCUUUCCCUUACCUCACUACCAAGAAGAUUGAGGUCUCUGGUAUCCCCGCUAUCGCUACGCGCUUCUCAUAUAUUGGUGAGGAGGGUUUCGAGAUCUAUACCACUGCCGACAACGGUCUUCGACUCUGGGAUGCUUUGUGGCAGGGUGGUCUCCCCUAUGGAGUCAUCGCCGCUGGUCGAAGUGCCUUCAAUGCUCUUCGCAUCGAAAAGGGCUUCCGAUCAUGGGGUUCUGACAUGACCCAAGAGUAUGAUCCUUACGAGGCCGGUCUGGAGUUCGCUCUUCAUCCUGGAAAGGACGGCUACGUUGGUUACAACGCUCUGAAGGGUCGAUCCAGUGAAAAGGUGUCCCGAAGAAUUCGCGGUCUUACUAUCGACGAUGGCAAGUCAGUGGUUCUCGGCAAGGAGCCCGUGUUCGUCAAGGGCCGUGCAGUCGGUUAUGUGACCAGCGCAGCAUUUGGCUACAGCAUCCGAAAGCCCAUCGCCUACGCAUAUCUUCCCAAGGAGGUUCUCGAGGGCGACAAGGUUGAGAUUGAGUACUUCGGCAAGCGCAUCAAGGCUACUGUUACAUCUCUUCCCUUCUACCAACCUGAGAAGAGCGCUUAUGGACAGAACGCCCAGGCCAGCUUCUCUGCUCGUCUGUAG